AUGAUACAGUACAAUGAAUGCAAAGGAAAGGUUGAGGAUAAGAAGAAGAAACAAAAAGGAGUGACGUUUGAGGUUGAUUUGUGGCAACGGGCAGAAUCCAUCGGCGUGUGUUACGGAGCAAACGGAAACGAUCUACCAACGAGGCAGGAAGUGGUGGAUCUCUACAAAUCAAACGGAAUAGGCAAAAUCCGUUUAUAUUAUCCAGACGAAGGUGCCCUUCAAGCCCUCAGAGGUUCAAACAUAGAAGUGAUACUCGGUGUUCCAAAUGACCAACUUCAAUCUGUCACCAACGCCGGAGGUGCCUCAGAUUGGAUCAACAAGUACGUCAAAGGCUAUGCCGGAGACGUCAAAUUCAAGUACAUUGCAGUCGGCAACGAAGUUCAUCCCGGUGAUGCUUUAGCAGGCUCAGUUCUUCCGGCACUUCAAAACAUUCACAACGCCAUUUCUUCAGCCAAUUUGCAAGGCCAAAUCAAAGCCUCCACCGCAAUAGACACCUCUCUACUGGGCAACUCCUACCCACCAAACGACGGCGUUUUCAGCGACGGUGCAAGUUCAUACAUAACUCCGAUCGUGAACUUUUUAGCCCAAAACGGCGCCCCACUUCUUGCAAACGUGUACCCUUACUUCGCCUACGUUGACAACCAGCAAAGCAUCGGUCUUGAUUACGCCUUGUUUACCAAACAAGGGAACAACGAAGUUGGGUACCAGAACCUGUUUGAUGCGUCGUUGGAUUCUUUGUACGCAGCUCUUGAGAAAAUAGGACAACCUAAUGUUAAGAUUGUCGUGUCUGAGAGUGGGUGGCCAUCAGAAGGUGAUGCUGGAGCCAGUGUUGAAAACGCAGGAACAUAUUACAGGAAUUUGAUUAAUCAUGCCAAGGGUGGCACCCCAAAGAGGCCUGAUGGACCCAUAGAGACUUAUCUCUUUGCCAUGUUCGAUGAAAACCAGAAGAAUGGUGCAGAAACUGAGAGACAUUUUGGUCUCUUCAGGCCUGAUAAAUCACCCAAGUACCAAGUCAAUUUCAAUUGAAACAGCAUCAGUUACUGAUCAUAAACUCGGUGUUUAUCACAAUAAUCAUCAGAAUAAAUCUGU